AUGGGUCCGAGGAAAGGCCUCUCCUUUGAUGAAAAGCGCGACCGACUCAUGGACCUCUUCACAGAGACGGCCGACUUUUUCACCCUCAAGGAGCUCGAGAAAAUUGCCUACAAGCGCAAGGGAAUUGUGUCCCAGUCGGUGAAGGAGGUGCUUCAGAGUUUAGUCGAUGACAACCUCGUCAAUACCGAUAAAUGCGGCGUGCAAACCGUGUUCUGGUCUCUGCCUAGCGAAGCAUCCCAGAAGAGGAAAACCAAGCUGAGCAACAUCAAGGAGGAGUUGGCAGCUGCCCUGAUGAAGGGAACCAGGCUGCAAGAGGAGCUGCAACAAGAAAAACUCGGCCGCGAGAAAACGGAGGAGCGCACCGCCCUACUGGAAGCCAUCGCCGAAAAGGAGGACCGCUUGAAGAAGGUCACCGUCGAGCUCGCGCGCUUUGCAGAGUUUGACCCUCUCGAAAUGACAAAGCUUGAGGACAAUAUUAAGAAAACCAGGCAAUGUGCUAAUCGAUGGGUCGAUAAUAUAUUCAACUGCCAGUCGUGGGCGUCGAAAAAGUUUGGCAUGGAGAGGAAGGAUUUUGACAGACAGUUUGGCAUCCCGUCGGAGCUUGACUACGUUGAAGCCUAG